GUUGGCCUAUGACGCCACGGAGUCUCCCGCAAGUAAAAAAAAAAAGGAAAAGGACAAAAGGAAGUUGAAGACACCAGAAGUCAAGUAAUUAGGAACCCAACAAAAUUUAUCGCGACGGAAGAGAGAGCACCAGUGUAGGACUGCGCAACUUUCCAAUUGCUCUCUACCCUUGUCUGGGAAGACUGAACCGCCUGUGCGGGGUUGUACAGUACACUUAUAGAUCGUAAGCCCCGUCAUGGCAUAUAUAGCGUCUAACUUUCUCGCCUCGGCCAGUCGACGUGCGUUUCUCCGGUUUUCCGCUACGAUAUCGCGUCCUCGACCGGCGAUCUGCCUUUCUACUCCCAGUCACUAUCGUCGCAGUGAUCUGGUCAGAGAUCAGUCCACCAUGUCUGCAACCGUUAUUGACGCCAUCGAGGCUUCGAAGCGCGCCGCCGCUAGGACUGCGGUUCAGAACCACUACCCCAAGGUUGCGAAAUACGUUGGUAUUGGCAGUGGUACCACGAUCGUUUAUGUCGUCGAGGCCAUCAAGGAACUGGGCUUCGAUACCUCGAAUACGUUCUUUGUUCCCACAGGUUACCAGUCCAAGCAGCUCAUUAUCUCUGCUGGAUUGACCCCCAUCACCUUCGACAGUCUCCCAGAAGGAACGGUCCUGGACGUAGCCUUCGAUGGCGCGGAUGAGGUGGACGAGGAGCUAAACUGCAUCAAGGGUGGUGGUGCUUGUCUGUUCCAGGAGAAGAUCGUGGCAUUGCAGGCCAAGGAGUUCAUUUGCGUCGCCGACUCGCGAAAGCUGCAAAGCCGCCUUCUCAGCAAUUGGAAGUUCAUCCCCAUCGAGGUCGCUCCGAUUGCCGCCUACAGAGUGCUCAGGGAGCUGAAGAAGAUUGGAAGUAUCAAGCCUGUCAUCCGCCUGCGCGGUAUCCCCAAGGAAGGCCCUCUGAAGACGGACCAGGACUUUUUCAUCAUUGAUGCGCCAUUCCCGCCUCUGCUCACAGCAUCCGACGUCGCCGCUGGUAAGAACGGCAACGGCGUCAAUGGCGUCUGGGAAGUCCACAGACUAGCGAAGACGAUCAAGGAGAUUCCCGGUGUUCUGGAAGUAGGCCUCUUCAGCGGUAUGACUGGUCCGCAAGCGCAGGCCUUGGGUGGUGUUGGCGGCCAGAAGCCCGUGGCGGCCUACUUCGGUAUGCCAGACGGGACGGUGACGGUGCGGAAAGCAGCCGCUUAAGAUGGAGAGCCUAACAUGUGUCACGAGUAAAUGGAGUUAUACCUAUUAGACCAGUGAGAAUGGUUUUUUUGCUUUCUUUCUUAUCAUACAUGAUAAAGCUCUUUUU